GCAAACUACGAAAGCAAAAAUAAAAGUUAAAGAAGUGAAGUUGACAUUGAAGUCGCUGCGCGCUCGUGUGUGUAUAUGGGUGUGUGAGCUUGCGCUCAUGUGUGCAAAAUUCUUUUGUGCUCGAUUUUUAUGUGUUAAAAUAAUUGCAAAAUAAUUUUAAAGCAAAUUUCAAAUGAAAACGGAAGGAGAAGGUUUCCAGCUAAAAACAUCGCCAGAAGAAGCCAGAAGAGGAUCCGACCAAAAAAACAAACGCAUUGGAUUGCAAUAUUUGCUGGCCAAGCAACUGUAAAAAUAAGCGCAGAAACCGCCACUAAAAAGUGGAAUACACAUCUGUAAAAUGGUGGACUAUUAUAAAGUUUUGGAUGUGGCGCGCUCAGCUACCGACAGCGAAGUGAAAAAGGCAUAUCGAAAGUUAGCUUUGAAAUGGCACCCAGACAAGAACCCCGACAACCUGGAGGAGGCCAACAAACGCUUCCGCGAGCUGUCUGAGGCCUACGAAGUCCUAUCCGACGCACGUAAGCGCAAGAUCUACGAUGCCCGUGCCACGCUGCACAAAUCCUCGACCACCGGAAGCAGCAGCAACAGCAGCUCCUAUUCCCGCUAUCGCACUGGAAGCGGUGGAUCCUCGGCCUAUGGCCGGGACUACGACUACGACUACUAUCCGGGCUCGGGCUACGGGUCCGGAUCCGGCAGGCGGUCCGGUAACCGCUAUCAGGCCUUCACCUUCCGCAACAUUUUUGAGGGAACGCCCUUCCACAAGCUGUUCGAAAAGAAGCGUCGCAUCUACGACGAGUACGGCAAGGAUGGUCUGGGUGACCGCGGACAGAGUCGCUCGCAUGCCCGCCACCACUAUAAUACACACGAUUUCGAUGACUUUGAUAUUAUGGGCGGCUCUCCGUUUGUCUUCCGGCCGCCCGAGGAGGUAUUCCGCGAGUUCUUUGGAGUUAACUCGCCCUUCGCCGACUUCUUCAGAGAUGCCAACGGAUAUUCGAAUGGCAGCACGAGCGGGUCGAGCAGCAGUCGACGCCAUGGCGGCAGCACUGGAUCUUCGCGCCAUCAUCACCAUCACCAGCACAAAUUGGCCAGCCCGUUCGGGGCACCCAUGCUCAACUACUCGAUGAUGGACUUCUUCAUGCCCACCAGCGGCUUCACCUCGUUCUCCUCGAUGACCAGCGGCAACGGCAGCAGUGGCGUCACUCACAUCUCCAGUGGCCCCAGCGUCGGUGUCAAACGCACCUCCACUUCGACGGUGUUCGUCAAUGGCAAGAAAUUGAUGACCAAGCGAGUCGUCGAAAACGGCAAGGAAACUGUCUUUUCAUAUGAAAAUGAUGUCCUUAAAUCAAAGACUGUGAACGGAGUUUCCCAAAAGCUCUCUUCAAUAGCUAAUUAAUAAAAUCCACACAUAUAAAUAUAUAUCUAUAUCAAUAUCAGCAUCAGCACUGGCGUUAGCCGCAACAACCAAUAACAGCAACAAAAAUCAACAAAGAAAAAAGUCAUAAAUGUAAAGCAGAAAAUUAACAAAUCAAGAACUCGGAUUUCUUAAAUGCUUCGAUAUAUGAUACGUUUAACCAAUUUGUUCUACAUUAGAAUCUAGUUAUUUUUAAUGGAGUGAACAGCAGCGUAAAUGGAGGAGCAGCAGCAAGCGAUGGACCAAGCAGAAAGCUCACCAACAGCAGAAGCAUCAGGAUCAUCCACAUCAAGGAACAAAGGACAGACAGAAAUGAUCAAAAUUCCCGGUCAUAGCGAAUUGUUAAAAUUUUCUGUUUGAAAGUAGUUUUGAUCGAAGCCUCUCAUCGUUAUUGCUUCGGUGAAAUAAAGCCAACACCAGCGGCAGCAGGAUUAACUGAAAAACACAACUGAAUAUGCUAAGCGCCUAAGCAAUUUAGCCAAUAAGUUCUAGGGCGGGCCAGAUCUGUUAGAGCUGCUCGGAGCGAGUGCGUUUGGGUGUAUAUCUUUGGGGGUUAAAUUAUGUAUUUUUCGUGUAUGUAUCUUUAGUCACUUAAGUUGCCACAAUACUUACUAGGAAAUCGAAAACUAAACAGCAACUAUUUUAGCAACAUGAAAAAUAAACUAAAUUGAAAUGAGUUGAA